AUGGAGGACAUGAGAACUGACACCUUGUUUCUUUGCUCUAGUUUAGUCCUGGUCAAUGUUUUCCCAUUCAUCACUCUCAUUCUUGAAAUCAUCAAAGCUAACACCAUAAAGCAAAAACCAAAGCCAUACUUCAUCCAUGCUUGUAUAUUUCAGCGAAGUUUCUGGGCAUGCAUACACAAGCUUUGGUUAAACUCAAAUAGAAUAAAGAAGAUGUUCAUCUCAUUUUGUAGCGAUGUCAAACUUCAACAUGAGUAA